GUCUUCGCUUCGAUGUUGAGUUGAUAUGAUUACUAGUGUGAGGAAGGCGAACCCCGGCGAGUCCUGUUGGUACGUGUCAUUCACCGGAUUGAAUUUUUGUUGAUUUCUGUGGUACCUGGUUUUCAAUAGUGCUGUGCUAAUCGAUAAGGCUUGUUAUUGUACCACGGCACGGAACAACAUGUUCAAUCACGUUUUCUGGCUAGUGUGUUCCAGUCCAGUUUGACAGUGAGUCUACUAGAUUCUAUAUGACAUAGAUCUAUAAGGCCUAGAAAAGAUCUACAUUACAUACUUUUAAGGUAUGAAGAGUCAGUCUAAAUGUUGCUACUUUUAAAGCACCAUGAGUGCUUCACUGUCAUACCCGUUUCAGCCUCAACCUCCACCACACCCAAAAACAACUGGGGGGAAAAAAGGUCCAUCUACACCAAUUGCAAUUCCAUAUUUACAAAGUGAAGAUGAUGAGAGUGAUGAAAGCAUAACAGACCACAGUCCACCUGUAACAAGCAGCCUGCCAUCUCUGGACACAGCAACUACCAGAGCCAACAAUGUUUUCAUUCUGACAACAAAAACCAGCCCCAGAACUCAUCCAAAUGGUAAAAAAUCAAAUGUUUCCUUACCAAGCCCAAGAACACAAAACAACAGUUCUGGAACGAUUACGUUGAAUCAUAUUGUAACAGCACUGAAUCAAUCCCAUUCAUCAUCAGGAACUCCUGUUCUCAUCAUAACAAAUGGAACCAACAGCACUAGCGCCAACAGUACCACAACAAGUGCAACAUCCUUAAACACCAAUACUACAAGUCAGAAUUUAACCAAUGCUGUAGCAAUCAGUAGUAAUUCUUGCAACACAAAUACAACACUAGCACCCCAAAUCAAUAACCCUAGCAACACUGUAAGCACACCCACAGCAAGAAGUACUGACCAGAAUGAUGGCUCCAGUUUUGCUCAAUCAAUAAGUUCAUCAAGUCCAAGGGAAGGACCCUGCAGCCCAUUCUCAAAUUUUGCAUAUGAACAUGAUCAUGACUAUGAGAACAUAGCCUCUCCCUCUAGCAGUACAUCAAGUGGUCCUAUCUACAUCAGACCCCCUGGCUUUAAGCACCAUGCUCAGGAAAUUGUUUCCUCCAAUGUGAAAAGCCUGAAGAAGAAAAAAUGCUCCACACAUGUCAUUAAAGAAGGAUUUAAAAAGCGUGAGGCCACACCCCCCAGACUUAAACCAAAGAGAGAUCCACUCCCCAUGAAAUUGCGAGCUCUCCCACAAUCUUUCUGGCAACAACCAAAUGUGGCCCAUCAGGUCUCUCCUGCCACAUUAUUCCCUAUUCUUCCCCCAUUGACCAACAAAGAAUCGGAUGAUGGCCUAAUGGAAAUUCGACCUGUGACACCUCCAGAAAAGUCUCACCAAACUCCUGAGAGGAAACUGACAGUUGCUAACACAGAUCUUUUGUUUAAAUUGUUUGAGGGGAUUGGCGAGGAGAAAAAGCUGCACACCAAAGUUAGGACAGCUCAAAAAGUUCGCAAGUUGGUCUCCAAAAGCAACACAAAGGGUUUACUUUUAGGAAAUGAUCCUUUUAUGGUGGAGGCAGUAACAGAAAAAAUCUUCCCUCAACUCAAUCUAGAAGGACCAAGACACUCAGGUGGAGGUAAUUCCUCCAUACAGCUGAUCACUUUUAAAGAAGGGGACAGAACUGUGACUUUGCCAUCUCUCAGCAUAGACCAGAACUAUCCACAAAUGUUGUCAGAACUUGUUGCCCACAUUUAAAACUCGUUUCUUUAUCAACUCCUCUCAAUCAACUCAUCCAACUAGAGUUAGGAUUAUGUGUGUUCGAAUAGGAUUAUGUGUGUUCGAUUAGGAUUAUGUGUGUUGAGUUUAGCUAUUUACUUUUAUAAAAAUUUUAAUAUAAGACAAUACAUAGUUUUGUUUCUAAAAAUAAAAUUUAUCAGAUGGAAGCAUAUCUCUUUCACACAGACAAGUUUCAGGAAAUUUUAAAAUAUAAAAAUCCAGCAACAUUUAUCACAGUUCUUGCAACUAGAUUUAAUUUUAUUUAGAAAUGUGCAAAUAUAAGCGAUCUGAGCAUCUAAGUUGAUCAUGAUGAAACUGUGAUAAUAAAAAAACAGCAUUUCUGUAUGAGCGUUUUGUCAUAAUAAGUCUAAUGAAUGUAUUUAUCAACUCAAGAGUUUUGUUGCCACCAAAACUUAUUGCCAGUUGUGUUGUAUAUGUUGGAGGGGUGGAGCGGAAUGUACAUUCAACUUCUAACUGUGAUAAAAUAAAAUGUCCAAUUUUUUUAAUACAUUUACAUUUUGAAGAUUUUAAUUUAAUUAAAUGUCCAAUUUUUAUACAUAUCUAGAUCUCUAAAUCUUUUCCAAAGUUUUAUAAAGACACCCUUGACAUCAGGUCUAUUGAUAUUAUGUUUGUUAGUUGCUGGUCACUGUCUAGUGUGUUUAAUGUAAGUCUUCAAAUGUGUCUUUUAAAGCCUAUUCUAAUAGUUUGGGAAUUUUUUUCAUAACUGGUUUAUAUUAUCAAUUAUUAAAAUGU